CAUUUGUCUUCUUCCUUCUCCACCAGCACAAGAUAGUUUACACAAAUAAAAACCGGCACUGAAACUACAAUCCUCCACGCAAACCCCCCCUAACACAGAGAUCUCACCAUGCGAACUCCCUCUCCUUUCCUCCUCAUUUUUGCAACACUCAGUUUUCUCAAAGUUGCCGUGAGUGAAGAAGGUAUUUGCUCUACGCCUUAUUCUUUAAUUAACUCUGAUUCAGGCUCGAAGCCUCUGUACUGGAAGGUCACCAAUCCUACACUUUCUCCUGCUAAUCUUCAAGAUUUGCCAGGUUUCACACGCAGUGUCUAUAAAGCAGAUCAUGCUUUAAUAACACCUGAAAGUCAUGUAUUCAGUCCUUUACCUGAGUGGACUAAUACAUUGGGGGCCUACUUAAUUACACCAGCUAUGGGCUCAAACUUUGUAAUGUACCUAGCAAAAAUGCAAGAGAAUUCAAGAUCAGGACUCCCCCCUGUUGAUGUAGAGAGGUUCAUAUUUGUGGUUCAGGGUGCUGUGACUCUCACUGAUGCUUCUGGUGUUAGCCACGAAUUGAUAAUAGAUUCGUAUGCUUAUCUACCUCCUAGAUUUCAACAUUCACUGAAGUGUUAUGCAUCUGCCACUCUUGUGGUGUUUGAGCGAAGGUAUGCCUCGCUGGAUAAUUGUGUCACUGAGCAAAUCAUCAGUUCAACAGAAAAGCAGCCACUCCUUGAAACUCCAGGCGAAGUCUUUGAACUUAGGAAGCUUCUCCCCACAUCUUUGCCAUAUGACUUCAAUAUCCAUAUCAUGGAUUUUCAACCUGGAGAAUUUCUUAAUGUCAAGGAGUUUCAUUACAAUCAGCAUGGUUUGUUGCUUUUAGAGGGACAGGGCAUUUAUCGCUUGGGUGAUAGCUGGUAUCCAAUUCAAGCAGGUGAUGUUAUUUGGAUGGCACCAUUUGUGCCUCAGUGGUAUGCUGCACUUGGUAAAACUCGGUCGAGGUAUCUUCUGUACAAAGAUGUAAAUAGGAAUCCUCUGUAAUCGUAUUUCACAACAAGAUUGCUCAUGGAUGCAAUUACAUGAUUCUGACAACUGAUUUGACAAUGAUAAUAAUGUGUGAACUAAAGCUACCAAAUGCUAUGUGCAAUACAUAAUUUUUCUCAA